UUCAGUGUCUCAAGCUGCGUUGCUUCGAUCACUACAUACUAGUGCCGCGAGUUUGUUCAGUUGCUUCCAAAGCCUGGAAGCUUUCAGUUCAUCUUGUUGACAGAGAAGCGUCAUUCUCUCUUUUAUCUCUCAGCCAGCGGGCAAUCAUCUGUGUUUGAGUUGGGAAAGAUAAAAACAAAGGCGAAUACUACAUAAUAAUAGCAACAAUUCGACCGACACAAACGGCUACACACAAGCGCAUAUACAUAUUUAUAUAUCUCAAGCAACAAUAAACAAAGGCGCUCAGCGAGUGGCCUCAUCCCCUGUCGCUUCCUCCAUCGCCCCAGAAGCCGACGCCGCCACGAAAUGGCAAAGCGAAACGCCGCCCGUCAUCUGGCAGUCAUCUGCAGCAGUUUGGUCGUAUUCAUCGCCAUUUCUACAAGAUUCUGCUCAGCGGGCACAUUCAACACUCGACCCGCAUUCCCUGUCUCAACUGCUGACGUUCAACCCUCUAGUAGCACCAACAAGCAACCAGCCAGACGCAUCAUGCAUCCAGCUUUCGCCAAUGCCGGUCGCGCACCUGGCCUGGAGAUAUGGCGCAUUGAAAAUUUCGAGCCUGUGCCGUAUCCCCCAAACAACUAUGGCAAAUUUUACACUGGAGAUUCCUUCAUCAUUCUGAAUACUAAGCAGAACCCGAAGGACAAGCAACUCACAUGGGAUGUGCACUUUUGGCUGGGCUCGGAGACAUCCACCGAUGAGGCUGGAGCUGCGGCUAUUCUGACAGUGCAAUUAGACGAUAUCCUCAAUGGAGGUCCCGUCCAGCAUCGUGAGGUGCAGGAUCAUGAGUCACAGCUGUUUCUCAGCUACUUCAAGAACGGUGUGCGGUAUGAACAGGGCGGUGUGGGCACCGGAUUCAAGCACGUGCAGACAAAUGCCCAGGGGGAGAAGCGCCUGUUCCAGGUGAAGGGCAAGCGCAAUGUGCGCGUGCGCCAGGUAAAUCUCUCCGUCUCCUCGAUGAACAAGGGUGAUUGCUUCAUUCUGGAUGCUGGCAAUGACAUCUAUGUCUACGUGGGUGCCCAAGCCAAGCGCGUGGAAAAGCUUAAAGCUAUUAGCGCAGCUAACCAAAUUAGGGAUCAGGAUCACAAUGGACGUGCCCGCGUGCAGAUCAUCGAUGAAUUCAGCACAGAAAUGGAUAAGCAGCAGUUCUUCGACGUGUUAGGCUCUGGCUCAGCCGACCAGGUGCCCGAGGAGUCGUCCGCUGAUGAGGAUGGUGCUUUCGAGCGCACAGAUGCUGCCGCCGUAACACUUUACAAGGUGUCCGAUGCCAGUGGCAACCUCCAGGUGGAUACCAUUGCUCAGAAGCCCCUACGUCAAGCCAUGCUGGAUACGCGUGAUUGCUUCAUAUUGGACACUGGCUCCGGCAUUUUUGUGUGGGUGGGACGCGGCGCUACUCCCAAAGAAAAGUCCGACGCUAUGGCUAAGGCACAAGAGUUCCUGCGCACCAAAAAAUACCCAGCUUGGACCCAGAUUCAUCGCAUUGUCGAAGGCGCCGAGUCGGCUCCAUUCAAGCAAUACUUCGACACCUGGCGCGAUGUGGGUAUGUCUCAUACCCGUCUGGUACGCUCCGCCUUAGACAUCGGCUCGGAUGAGUCUCUCGAUGUGGAUGAGAUCGAUGCUGUCGUGCAGAAGUUAAAGAAAAGUGGUGGUCGCGCCAUCGGCUUCAUGCCCGAUCAUGGCCAGAACAGCAUCAAGGAUAUUACCCAGUAUGUGUCCAAGGCGGGCAGCAACGAGGUGCUACGCAACCAUGUGCCCUUCGAGGAGGAGCUGCCGCUGCUGGGUUUUGGCUCCUAUGUGCUUACUUACAACUAUGAGGCCAACAAUGGUGACAAGGGCGUCAUUGUUUAUGUCUGGCAGGGCGCCAACGCUAAUGCAGCUGUUAAGGAGCGUGCCUUCGAGGAUGGCAUGGCCUUGGCCGUCGAACAGAAUGCUUUGUUAGUGCGCACCACACAGGGCCAUGAGCCUCGCCACUUCUACAAGAUCUUCAAGGGCAAGCUGUUGACUUCCUACACGGCAUUGCCUGUGUCUGCGCAGCUGUUCCGCAUUCGCGGCACAGUCGAGAGUGAUAUCCAUGCAAGCGAAGUGCCUGCUGAUAGCUCUUCGUUGGCUUCUGGAGAUGCGUUUGCCCUAGCUUCCACCAAGACGCACAAGGUGUUCAUUUGGCAAGGGCUUGGUGCCUCUGCCUUUGAAAAGGAGGCGGCAACGACACGCUUUGAGAACUACUGGAAGGAUGCGCAGCUGGAGGUAAUCGAGGAGGGAGCUGAGCCCGACGACUUCUGGGAAGACUUGAACGGUGAGGGUCAGUACGACCGUAGCCUGGACGAUCAAACGCCACCACUGCUCGAGGCACGCCUAUUCCACUGCCGCCUGACACGCGCUGGGCGUGCUAAAGUCGAGGAGGUCGCCGACUACCAGCAGGAGGAUCUCGACACGGAUGAUGUCAUGCUGUUGGAUGCUGGCGAUGAGAUCUAUAUGUGGGUCGGCUCCGGUGCCACAGCCGAAGAGAAUGACAGGAUACUGGACAUGGCCAAGCGAUAUAUUAGCUUGGAGCCCACCGCCCGCACCGUAGACACUGUUAGCAUUAUUCGGGUAACCCAGAGUCAGGAGCCCCGCGUCUUCAAGCGCAUGUUCCCCUCUUGGGACGACAACUACUGGCAGACCCUGCCUUCCUAUGAGGACAUCAAACGUCAGGUUUUGGAUGCCAACAAUGAGGUCUAAUAAAUCCUCGGCUAAAAUACUCAGCAAACUUGACCAAAAAUUUGCCUUCGCUUUUGCCUUAAAA